AUGGGUCUAGGAACAUCCACAAUCAAAUAUAUACUAUUCUUCAUCAACUUUUUGUUUGCUGUGAGUACGAAUUAUUAUUUUAAUACCUAUGUACUGUUUACUAUUACAUGUUGUUAAAUGUUUGAUUUAUUUGAUUGUAUGGUUUCAUCGGUACUAUAAAUCUACGUCAAGUGACGCGUUCCUACAUUUAAUAAUAAGUACUAUGUGCAGAAUAAAAAUGCAUUGUUUUUAGAUACCUAAAUGCUAAAAUAGUUAUAGCAAAUAGAAAAUUAGAUAACUUUACACUUAAUAAUUUGACUUUAUUUAUUCUGUCGGUAGUUCUGAAUGAAACACUAUUGCAAUAUAGUUUUUAGUAGGUUCUAAAAUGUAGGUGCUUAAAUAAAACACUAUAAAUAGCUAGUAAUAAAUUAUAAUUUUUCAAGAAUAAAAUUGUAUAAUUUAUUGAAAGCUUCUCAUAAGAUCAUAAUAGGUAUUAUAAUCAGUAAAGUCACUCUGUUCCUCUGGUCAAAUAAAUCUAUAUUAUUUCAAUUUUUGAUUCUCCAGACAUUUUAGAUCUCCAAAUAUUUUUAUGCCAACAUUUAAGGUUUAACAAAUGCAACGAACGCUAUAUCCUAUAUAGUAUUAUGAAGCUAACGAUUCAAGUUUUUCGUGUGUUUUUCAAAUGCGUCAUUUUCAUUAUAAUAUGUGUUUGCGUUGAACAGUUGUCCAAAUUUCCUGUAUCGCGUAUGAUAUUAAUAAUAAUAAUAGAUAACUAGUAUCUAAUCUGUACAUACGUUGACUGUUACGAAAUGAUUCAUUAAAAAUAUUUUUUUAAAUUGAAAUAUAGAAUGAAACGAAAAGUAUAUUGACUUUAAUGUAUUUUUUUUACUUUUUUUAUUAUGUAAUAAUAUUUCUACCAUAAAAUAUACUCCAAUCAAAAACUUAUAAUAUAUAUAUAUAUAUUUUCUUUUAUGUAUUAUAAGAAACGCUUUUCCGUUACAUUUUAAACAGUGAUGUAUAUGUGUGUGCACUAGGAAGAUGAAUGGGUAGAAACCUAUUACCCCUUGUAAAUAUGCCACUAAUAUUAGAUACAGAUUAGAUAUUAUAGUACCUAUAACUGCAUUUAUAAUAAUAUAUUUUUUACGCAGUAAGGCUUCGAUGUAUCCCGAAAAACUAGGUUUAUGUGACUAUAGAUUUUAUUUUUAGAUCGUACUGAAUUCCAGUUCAUAUAACGUUAUAUUUAAGGUUUAUUCUGUGUGCAGCUAAUGUACACUGAUGGAAAGUAAUAUACUCAAAUGCUACAUAGCCAUCUAUUUAAGUAUUAAGAGUCCGCUGGGCUAUGACGUGAACACGACAAAUUAUAAAAUAAUAAUAACAAUAAUAAUAAUAUGGCUGUAAAACUAACCAAAUAAUUAAUGAAUAAAAAACAUUACAAUGUGUAUGAGGAGAGGAGACCCCGAUGGGUCGGCCGAGCGAAUGAUUCGGGCGAACAACAGAUGAUACUUCAUGUAAUUGUCGUUUCCGGCGGAAAACCACUUAGGUCUGAUCGCCGGCAUUAGUGCCACAUCGUAAGUUGUUCACAUCGGUCUUUUAAACACAUACGACAAAAUAACUAUCGAACAUUAUUUUUUUACAGCACCGCACCGAGGUGCACAAUUUGAAAGACGCUACAUUAUAGUAUUAAUAAAGACGAGGUGGGAAGAAAAUAAGUAAAGUUUAUGUCUUAAAAUAGUAGUGUAGUCACUGUAUUCGUAAUUUAGUUGUUUAGUUGUUUGAGUGUAUUAUCAAUCGCAUACAACAGUAAUAAUGAUAAUAAUAAUUUAAUAUUGCAUACAAGAAAACAAAAAUUGUAAAAAAGUAUAAAAAUCUAAUACAAAUAAAUAAAUACAUAGAAAACUAACAAAACAAACCUCGGAAUGUUACAUAGGUUGUGUGUAAAUACAACUGGUUUGAUUUCAAAAAAUUGUCACUGCUGAACGCAAAUUUGUCGUGUUGUAAGUUUGUAAGACAGAGACAGCACAUACGGCUAUCACGCUCUCUUAAGAUAAAGUUGCAGGAUUUCAAUGCAGUUUGCUUUGUUUUCUGCACUCAUGCUAUGCUGUUUUAUUACAAAUUUAUUUCGUAUAUUUGUGAACGAGAAUAAGAAAUUUAAUUUCGCAAUUUUUGAUUUUUAAUUAAUUGUCUUAAUUUUGUUAGAACAUUUUUAGACAACCAUUGAAUCUAAAAUUCAAAUAUGAAAUUUUAUUUUAUGAUUUUUACACACUAACAAGAUUUGUAUAUAGCAAACUAUAUCAAGUACUAAUAUUAUUAUAUGUUAUUAUCAGACAAUAAUACUAUAUUGUCUGAUAAUGUAUAGUGUUAAAACCCAGAUAACGAAUUACUCAUUUUAUAUAUUUUCGUACAAAAAUAGUAAAAAGGAAUUUAGCAUUUUUUGAUUUUUAUUAGUAUUGUUCAGUCAAACUAUAUUUUUUAUCAACCGGUCAAUUUAUCUGGUAAAAUUAAAUUUUUUUAUUUGUUGCUGUAUAUCUAUAGAAUCUAAAACUGCCACUUUUCCAAAAUAUAUAUUGAAAUAUACAAAAACUUGCAGAAAAAAAAAACAAUUAAAAAUUGGUUUUAAAAUUAGUUGAUUCAAAAUUGUCUUAUUUAAUAUUUAUCAAAUCACGUGGUUUUUACUUCAUGUGCAUUUGCUAUAUGAAUGGUUUUAUGAAAUUAAUUUUUGUAUAAACGAUUUCAAUCUAAAAUAAUCGCAAUCGUUUAAAUUUGGUCGACACCGAAACCAAUCAAGAUUAAACUUCGUCAAACAUGAUUUAUUAUAUACCUCUAUAUCAUAUAAGUCUACCUAACCAAUUAACCGAGUUUCACUUAAAAUCGAUUUUUGAUUGCAAUAUACAAACUAUAUUAUCCUGCAAUAUAUACUUCUUAAAUGUCCCAUCUGCAGCAGUAUAGAUCUACCUAUAGUGCGAACCGCAAAGUAUACUCGGUUUUAUUAUAUCAUAAUGAUUACUUACAUUAUCUGAUUACCUGCUUAAAUUCGAAAACCUUAUGCAAUCGAUACAUAUUAAAUGAAAUCAAUGAAACCAAAUACAGUUAAUAAUAUACGUUUGAUUAACCUAUCACCCUAAUAUUGACCCAGACGAAAUGAUUUGGAAGCGAUCGCCUCCGAGAUCCUGACCAGUCCGUUUUUUUGAUGGGGUCCUCGUUUUUUUUUUUUUUUUUUACCUACAAAUACCUAAAUUUGUCUCACAAUUGUAGUUAUCGUCAUCAGGUGAAGAACUUUCCAAAAACAAGUUUUAGCAAUUCAUUCGCGGAGAUCGCAGGCACACGACUUUCUAUAUUAUGUAUGGAUAUGCACGUGAGCGGCGUUCACAGAUGUCUAUAUGAUCGAACCAGACACGACACACCAGGGCAAAUUAAAUUUCAUGAUUUUUCGAGGAUAACUUUCCAAUUUUUGUCUCCCUCCUCACUAAUUAUUACUAUAUUAACCAAUAGUUAUACGUGUAUACCUAUCGGUUCGUUACAGGUAACAAUUUAUAAUAACACAACAAGCAAGAAAUCUAUACGUAAAAUUAAUAAAAGAUCGAGUGAGUUCAUAACUAAUUUUCUAAAUGAAAUAAAAUAUAAUUCUAGAUCCACGCCAGAUUAUACCUACUCAAAAAAUUUAAUAAAUAUUUAUCUUCACCAUGUAUACAAACAUAUCCAACGUAAUACAUUUCGUCUUGUGUCAUGUGGUAACGCUUAAGUAUGCAUGGUGGCGUAGUAUAUUCAGAAAGUCUAAAACUUCGAUUAAAAAUUACCGGAAAAAAUGUAAGUGAAGACUGAUGAUAUACACUGAACAGACUUAAAAAAUUAAUUAUGUGUAAACACUGUCGUCGUCCUGCUGGUACACGGUAAAAAUGGUAAUAAUAACAACAGUAAUAUAAUGAAUGUAUAUUUGUGGAGAAAGGAGCUAUUAGUACACCCAAGAGGAGCGAAUGUGUAGGAUGAAAGUGAAAGGUCUCAAAGUACGACUCGAUCGGCAACAGGUCGCCGCACUGAAGUGUAUAUCCGCAGACAUUCUAAGUUUUCUUUGGAAGAACACCAACGGUUGUAUGUAGUUUGAAGUUUCUAUUCAAUAUUUUCCGUUGUGGUUAUCAGUAGUAUUGUUAUAGGCCCAUAAUAUUGUGCUAUUACAGUUUAAACAGUUAUUUACGCAACUGCGCCUACUCAAUUUUGAACACAAUAAUUUAUAACAAUUCAUUCACAACAGAAAUGCAAACGAAAUAAUACCAACCAAAUUUCUCAUGAUUUAUUUUAUUUCGUAUAGCUAAAAGAGGGUAAAAACGUACUACUAUUGUGUACUAUUUACUAUGAACUAUAGACGAGCUAAAAUACAAAAUGUUACAAUGAAUAAAGGUACAGUGAACGACUAAAAUUAGUCGUAAUCAGCAGUGUAUCCUAACCUAACCUAGCCGGAUAAUAGAGGAAUUAUCAAUAAAGUUGGGAGGAGAGUAUAAUAUCCGUGGAAAGGGUCAUGUGAACGAGUGAAUACAGAAAUGAAAUACUAGUAUAUGGUGCUUUGAGGAAUGGCCAUAGCUAGAAAUCAUAAGAGUUAACAAGUGUGAAGGAUAAAUCUUAAAAGUUUACACUCCCGAAAACAUAACACCUUAAUGUGCUUGACUAGUAUAAGGUUAUGACGGAGUGUAACAACCAAAUCUCAGAUCAAAUCCACAGCGAGUUUAUAGGAUAAUUAUUAAUUUGGUUUUGGGGAAUAUUAUUAUACCGACGAAUUAAAAAAAAAUAUACAUUUUUGUGACAAAAAGCUUGCAAUGUUUACAUUCACAAUCAUGACACCGACAUAAUUGCCCUGUCCAUAAUGGAAACCAGUUAAAAGAGUGUGACAUAAUUUGCAUAACAAAAAAACUAUAUUUCGUUACGUAGAUAUAUAGACACGAUACUAACAUCCGCAUUUCAUAAAAUUAAUUUAAAACCCUGCCAAUAGUUGUUAUUUUAAUUGUUUAAAUUAAUAAUCAUAUUUUAAAUGUUAAGAGGGGUUUGGAAUGUAUUGAUUUUACUAUGAUGAGUUUUUUUUUCUGUCUAGAAACAAUUUUUCUAUCAAAAAUCUUGCCUCAAUUAAAAAAUGCUAAGAGACAUUUGUUAUUUCAUUUUUGAUCUAAUUUGUUUAGUUGGUUCUCCAAGGAGUUUUCAUAAUAAUUAGGAAAAACCGGAAACAAAAUUAUAGGCAAAACACAUAAAUACUUACGACACGUCACGGUGUUACCGAUUUCAUUAAUUAAAACAUUUAUGAUACAUGCUUUCUGUCAGAAACCUUGCUUCAAAUAAAAAUUGCUAAAAGAUAUGUAUUAUGAUUACUGAUAUAUAUUUGUAUAAUUAUACUAUAGUACAAUAUUUUAUUAUUUUAUCUUAUUAAAUAAUGUCGCAGGCAUAAUUAUGGUAUAAUAAGCUAAAAACAUUGAACGAAUUUGCAAUACUAUUUUGUUACAGAACGAAUAUUAUGUAAAACAAUAGUUGGUCGUUAAAUAUUAAAAUAGUAGCUGUGCUAGUUUUAAAUGACCUUAUCAACCCACAUACGAAUGACAUUAAUAUUAAAUGAGUACAUUUUAUUUGUUUGCACACGUUACGUUUAUUUACAAAAUUAAAAAAAAAAAACCAUUAAGUAUAGCUUAUGAAAAACCUCGUGGAGUAUUUUCGAGCAUUUUUACUAGGUCUAAAUAGUUGUACACACAUAAAAUCAAAAAUGAUUUACCAAAAUUUCGAAAAUUUCAAAUAGCUAUCAAUAGCUCAAAACUCAUCAGAUUGUUUAGACAAUUUAGCAACAUCUAGAAAGGGCUAUUAAGUACUUUGUAAAAAUUGCAGAUUUCUACUUUUUUUUUUAAAAUAUCAAAAUUACGAAAAUCGAAAAUAACGAAAAUCGUUAUUGCUUAGACUUCCCCGUUUUUGGAUUUUUUUACGGUUUUCCUUCUUUAUUUAGAAAACCGUAAAGAAAAUAAAGAAUAAAACCUAAUCAAUGCAUGAACUUGACAAAAUUUACUUUUAGAAAAGAUUCUACCACGUAAUGAUCAAAACUACUUACAUACCUGUGAGGGGGAGGCAUUCACCCACCCCCCCCCCAUGGGCCGUAUAAUUAUAUGCAUGCAUUGUUAUUUGUGUUUAGUGUUUUUCAAUUAUUUUGAAAUUUUGUUUUUUUGAAGUAAUUAAAAAUAAAAUGAUAACAUGGUUAAAUUCAUAGAUAUUAACAUUUUUUUUUUUAUCUAUGAUCGAAUCGAGCAAGGUUUCUAUUGUUAUCAUUUCGUUUUAGUGGUUCGACCAUAGAAUAUUCUAUGGUUCGAUUCAUGGCUGUAUAUGAUAUUUAACCAUACGGAUCCGUGUAUUUCUAAAUUCAGCAAAUUGGUCAGCCGCUAGAUUUAACUGUUCCUAAACUCAGCUGCUGACCAAUCCAUUGGAGGGGAAGUGAUCAGACGAAUUGCUUUAUCAGCAAUCUGAUAUUUUAUGGAUGGAAUAACCAAAAUUAAAACUAAUUUACUAACCUAUAUUUGACAAAAAAAAAAUAUAUGUUAUGUUAAAAUGUGUUGUCUAAUAUUUUAACGUGUUUAUAAUAAUCGACAUGUAUUUAAAUGUUUGUAAAAAUUGAAAAUCACACAAACAUUUACAGUAAAAAAAAUACACAGAGCUUUAUGGGAAAUUAAAAUUUCAAAGCCCAUUUCCCAACAAUCACAAAAUGUGACAUUGGCCUUUCUUGCACCAAGCCACAGAAUUAUAUUCAAUAUUAGUGGUUUUUCGUGUAACGUUGUGUUAAAUUUAUUACAAUCGUUUUAACACAAGUAUAGAUAAUAUCCAAUACUGAAUUUACUUAACCAUAUAUAUAUCUCCGUUUUAAUGGGUGCUAAUUUUAAUCCAUUUGAUUUAUUUAAAAGACUUCACGUCUUAUCAGUAUAGUUAGCAAUCUAAUUUUUUAUCUAUAUCUGGGCCUGUAUAUAUAUAUAUAUAUUAUAAAUAGGUGUAUCAUACGAGUAUACUAAUUAUUGGUCCAUCUCACAAUCUAAUAACAAUUUAUACUAUUAUUAUUAUAUAUUAUUCAAAUUGAAUUAUUAUAUUAUUUAUUUGUAUUAUUUUGAAUGUUUGUAAUAAUCAUUUUAUUACUCACCAUUCAUCAACAUUGCCAGACGUCAUCAACCAAAACUAAAAAUUAUAAAAUAUAAGGAAAUAAUCAAGACAGGUAUUACAAACUGAUGGGCGAAUAACAAUGUUUAUUAUAGAUAUAUUUUUAUUUUGGUAACUGUUCAUAUUUUAUAAUUUUAACCGAAACAAUUUUCUUUCAACAAAUAUCGGUUCCAACUCCGAUUUAGGUUCCAUAGAAAAUUAAAAAAGGAUUUCGGUGAGCUUCAAGUUCAAAUACUCCCAAAAGGUUCCGGUUAAAAUACCGGUAUUUUUUAUUUUCGGCUCCAAGCCCUGCUCAAACGUCGUCAUUCGAAAUCGUACACAACUCAUUGAUUCCGGUUGAUAUUUCACGAUUUAUACAAUAUAUAUUUAGGUACAUCUUUACUCGCAAAAAAUAGGGCGAAGUACGUUUGGACCAGGAAUGUUUGGGCCACUAAUAAAACUGCAACCCGUUUGAACCAGGAUUUAGCUAACCCGUUUGAAAAUAAACGCUAAAUAAACAUUCAGUUAAACUACGAAAACUCGAUAAGGCAAUACAGAUAAAAUACUAUCUACUAUAUAAAGGCUCACUUAAUAAACGUUCAGUUUAACUAAAAUAAGGAAAGUUCUGAUCCAAACGGGCUGUAAAAAAGUAUUUUUAGUCCAAACGGGUCCAAAAAAUAUAGCGGAACGUACAGUAUGGCAAUUUCAUAGACAAUAUACAGUGUACAAGUGAAUAACUAAUUCGACCAGAAUUUAGUGCACUUUAUUUUCAUAAACCACGAUAAACGGUAUGCCUACAAUGUAAUCGUCCCACUUUUGAAGUAGCGUCUAUUUGACGAUAAAUAAAUUAACUGACCUCAUAUUGUAGGGUGAUGUAUGAUUUCAGUGACUCUAUAAGUAUCUAUAAAAAUAACAUCUUAUUAUAAAAAACAAAUUACGUCUCUAUAAAUGUAUUUUUUUAAAUUUUGUAUUAGAACAUAAUUUCUUUUUAAAAUGUAAUAUUUAUAUUUACAUAAAUUAUAAUAAAUAUUAUGUUUUAAAACCAUGUAUUCUGUUAAAGUAUUUCUCGCUUUACUAUAUACUUUUACUUUUUUUUAUUACUUAAUGAUGAUAGUAAAAUAAAUGUACGACAGCAGCUACAAACUGGAAAUUUAUACUAUUGUAAUGAGUUCAUAUACCUACCCUAACAUAUUAUAUUAUAAAAUAAUAUGACUUAUAAGUUAUACAUUUUCGGUAUAUACAAACAAUAUUAGUAAUAUUGGUAAGUCAAAAACGGUAUACAUGAGAAAAAAAAAGUCGAGACAAAAGUUGUUGUAUAAUUUCGAUUUACAACCAACUGGAUAAACUAAAAUGUUUUUGACACACACAAUAUAGGUAAAUAAUAUUUACCAUGUAUCUAUGCAUUAUUAAUAAUCAAUAUAUUUAUUAUGAAUACGCAUCGCACGGUCACCUGUAAUGUGCCGGUGCAGGUGCAAACAUUGUUCACAUCUAUUAUUCAACUUGUUUUUAGUAUUUUAUUUUACCGUUUAAUCGGCAUUUUCGGAAAAUCUUCCCGUUUAAUGGUGAUAAACAAGAAGAUUACUCGAUUUUUAAAAAAGAGCUGAUACUGCUGAUACCUUGAUAUGUGUACGGUGGACCACUAUUGUUAGUGGGAAAUCGGAGGGUGGGAUUCAUAAAUUUAUUAAAUUUUUAACAGUACACAACGAUAAUUAUUACUGACCAAAUACGAGACUUCCUCGUUUGUCUGAUUGACAAAAUACAUUUUUUUAGAUUUUGAGCUUAGCAAUGAAUGCAUUGAUUUUUGCUAUAAUGUGUGCUUUUUUUAGAUCCUGAGUGAAGCGUAGAAUGUAUAUUGGUUUUACAAAGAUGUUUUUUUUUUUAUGUGAACACUUUUUCUACCAGAAAGCUUACUCCGGUAUAUACGAUGUAGACUCUUUUCUGAAAGAAAAUUUGUUUGGAUUGGCAUUUCAGGGAGAUCAUUUUUAGAUUUUCUCAGGAAUUUUUUCAUCAAAUGUGAAAAAUCAAAAAAAAAAAAAAAACGAAGAAAAACGGAAAAAUUUACGAAAUAUAUUAUUCAAAUAUUAUGAUUUUUUUUUUUUCUAUAGACAACUUAUACUCUACCAACAAUUUUACUCCGAUUUAAAAUGAUAGAAUUUUUUCUAAAAAGAAAUCUGACUGGAGAGGUACUUUAGAGAGGGUCUUUUCGAUUCUCUCAAGAGUUUUUCCAUCAAAUGUGAAAAACCGGGAAAAACAUGGGAAAACUUAGAGAAACGAAAAACUUUUUUCUGUCUGUCUACAUUUCUAUCAAGAGUCUUCCUACAAUCAAAAACCAACAGAAGUAUUUUGUCUGGACGAACAAAAAUGUUUUAAAAUUUGUUACGAGAUCAUUGUACGUUUAACUUAGUGGUCAAAAAAUAUGUUGAGUCUAAUUUAGGUAGCAGUUUUUUUAUACGCGUUUUAAGAUCAAAUUUUGACUAAAAUCGUAAAAAAUAUUGUAUUUCAAGUUCAUAUACAUAACUGAAAUUUUCUCAUAAUCGUUUUUCAUUCACAAUGGUUUAAGUUUAAGGUUGCGUACAAAUAUAUAUUAUAAAACUAUAUAUAUAUAGCCUAGCUUCCCAACUUCCUGUAUAUAAUAUUGGGAUACUCAUCUCUAGUAUCAGCUCUUUUAAUUUAUACAUAUAUCAAUACGUGUAUCACCAGAAAGUUUGAUAUACAUUUUAAAAUGUAAUAUAAGUAAUAUUUUCACAGUCAUAAAAAAUAACCUACAUGAGUUUGCCUGUAAUUUAUCUAAUUAAUAAUUAAUAUUUUGUUAAAAGUUUAUAAGACACUGGUUUGACUAGUUAUGCGUUUAGCAUGCGCUGGUCGAGAGACGUGAUUCCAACGGUCAUUUACUAUAUCGAUUUUCCGUCACCGACCUUCAAACAUCCUUUUUACCGUUUCCCUAAAAAGUUCAAUAAAUCCGAUAGUCAAUACAUAAAUGUUUGAUAAGAUGACAUAUAUUGGCUUUGUUUAGUAGUUUGUACUGUAUAGUAUAGUAAUAUGUUUUUCGAAAUACCGAUAAAAUAAGCAUAUGCAUGCACACAAGGCGUGUAGGGCGUCGCAGUUUUUUGUAUUGGGUAUACCACCGCUAUAUCUAAUCACAUGUUUUUCGGAACUAAAAAUGUCAAAAUAAAAUUUCAUUCUCUAUAGGUACACAUCAUUGCGUGAAUUCGUAUGACGGAAUGUAUUCCAAUAUUUGUGUUCAUAAUUAAGUCACUAUAGAAUUAUAUAUUGUUUUAAAUGUAUGAUAUCUAGGUGUGUACCUACACACCUCAUAGGUACUCGUCGGUAUAUUUUAUGCGUCAACGAUUCACAGGAAAACAUGCGUAAUAAAAUAAUAAUUUUCGAUAUUAGAUAAAAAUAAAAGAAGCGCUUUGGAUUAUAUUUCAUAUUUUUAACAAGCUUUAUAUUUGUAUACAAUCUUUCGUGAAUUAUAAAUAAGAAAAACUUUAAAUAGUACACGUGUAUCUAAUAGCCAUAAUGUUAAUAUAUUACUAUCUUAUCCGUCAUAACACUUAUAAAACAUAUUACAAUAUACAGCCAAUUUGUUUUUUUUUUUAUGUAUAAUAAUCAUAUUUAAAACCCUCCGUAGGCAAGGCCCGGUCACCCGUGACCGGAACGAGAUAAAACACUACGAACUAGAUUAUAUUUUUAACUAUUUGAUAUGGGCUUAACCAAUGCCCACCGCUCGCCUUUAAUAGUUUUGCUUAACUGUUAUAUCUCAGUGCGCUUCCAGUUGUUAAAAUUUAUGCGCCAGCACAGGCUUAGUAUCACUGAACUCUAUACGUAGAGGCUAUAUACACAGUGGCUUAGCAUAUGUUCGGCAUGUGAAAUACAAUGUCAUUAGUUACUUGAAGAAAAAUUAUAAUAGACUAUGAAUAAUAAGUAUUAUUUAGCUUUUUUUUUUUUGUUUUUAUAAGAUACGAGAUGAUUCGUUGUUUUUUUUUUUUUUUUUUUUGUUACUUAUGUAUAAUAUAAGGUAUACUAUUAUAAAAUUAUGAUAAUUAAAGAUAAAUAUAAAUUUAAAAACAAGUUGUAUUAUUUCUUAUGCAUAAAACAAUUAAUAUAAAAAUAUAGAAAUAAGCGUUUUAUCAAUUAUGCAAGUAAAUAUAACACCGGUCACCCGUGAGUAGUGACCACCCUUUUCUGUUCCGAUGGGAUUUAUAGCCUUGCCUGUGGAGGCAUACUAAUGCAUAUUAAUUAAUUAUAGUUAUAUUAUAAACUAUUAUUAUUGAUAUACCCGGGUGAUACUAACGGAGCAUCAGCUCUCCUCUCUCAUAAUUUUCCGUGUUGAAUACAAAAAAAAUAAAAUAUUAUAUCUAAGUAAACUAUUCAACAUAAAAAAAUUAUUACCAAUAAAAUAAUUCAACAAACAAGUAUAUAUUUUUACUACCUACUACCUACAUCAUAUUUAUAUAUUUUGAAAAAUAUUUUUGUUAUUUUAGUUUGACCCCCCGCCCCCUAUUGAAAAAUCCUGGUUAAGGCACUGACUUUUAUCAUAUAAUAGGUACGUGUAUGUACUAGAUGUCUAUUAGUUCAAAGAUUUUCACAAAAAUGUAUUUUAAAUAAUAUAGGAAAUAGAUAAUUCACAAAGUAAAUAACUCGUGGGAAAUAUUAAAUUGAAUUGUUCAGAUCAAAUUAUUGAGAUUAAUUUUAAAAUCACUAAUGUGGGUAAAUGGAACAAAAAUAGUGAUAUCGAUCGGGAUUUCACAGCCACGUGGAAACCAAUACUAUACACUUAAUAUGUCAGUUGUGUACUCUAUACUCUUUAGGGAUUAAAAUUUCCAAAAAGAAAAAAAAGGUUUUUCCGGAAACUACAGUUUUAUCCCAGGGAUUUUUUAGAAAACUUUCUGAAAAAAGUGGAAAUUUCGGUGAAAGUAGAAAUAUCCAAAAAAAUUUAUUUUUGAAACCCUGGAAACAUUGAAGUCAUUACUAAUAGUAUAGAUAAAGAAUGUAUAUUCCUUGCCUGUACCUUGUUAAUGAUUUCUUUUUCAGGUUCCCAAAAAUAAAAAUGUUUUUUAAAGAAAUGUAUUAGUUUUAAAUCUUCCGAUUCUCUAUUUUUUGAUCGGGGCUUUAACCUAUUUUCCCCCGAAAUAUUCCGACACUUUGACCCCCUAGACCUAUCUAGCAUAAUAUGUCAAUGAUGAACUUUACCUAUAUGUUUAUUAUGCAAUACGUAAAUACCAUAAUAUUAUACUCUUGACGUUGUUAAGAUAGUAUCUUUUUCAAGAAAGGCUUUUUUAAUCGAUUUAUUUGUUUAGUAUUAAUAAAUAAUUAGGUAGGGGUUAUAUUAUGUACAAGUACGACAGGUAGGUAUGCCAACUUAACCAACAAAACGUGCGUGGAAAUACUCUCGUAAAAAAAAACUCUAAUAAACCCAAUAUUUGAAACGCGAAUUUACUACUAAUUUAUUAUACAAUCCCUUUCACUAUUGUUGACGGGCAUUUACGUCAAUGAAAAACUGUAUUGACCGGUCUUUGGCACAUAUAUUCGUUCACUCGUUUACAUUCAAAUGAGAUUAUCUGACGAAAAAAAUUGUAACAGCUAAUUAAUUUUAUUUCCAAAGACUUAUCAAACUACAUAAAAAAAAAAACGGACUUACGCUCCAAAUCUAAAACAUGUCACGAUAAUUUCUAAAGAAAUUACAUGCAUUUUAAUAUUUGCUUUUAUUCAAAAUUCACCAAAAUGUUCAAUUUAUUAUAAUUAAUUAUUAGGUUAGUUUAGUUUUGACAUUAGAUUUACAUUAAAAAUAAAAUAUUUACUAUUUAUUUAUUUAUUUAUUUAUUUAUUUAACAUCCCAAAGGGGUAAUGAGUACAGGAUAAUAAUAUGUGAAUAUAUAAUACAUAAAUACUUAAAACUACUUAAAACUAUUGAAAUACAAUAUUUAACUCAAUAAGUAAAAUCAAAACAAGAAUGAAAGUUUAAUAUGCUAUUACCAUUAACCAAAAAUCGACACUCCGGACUAUUAGCAAUUAAGUUGCUAGGGAAAUGAGGAAAAGAAAAGGGAAGAUUAUUCCUUGAAUUAAAAGAAGGUAACUUAAAAUUAUUUUUUUUUUAAAACUCGUGAUAAAUUAAUUGUCCAUUAAUUAGCUUGUAAAUAAAAGCAACACCAUUAUUGUUAUUUAAAAUAUAGUAAUGGUUUUUGUAACAGAUAAAAUAAAUAAUAAAUUACAUUUUAAAUUUUAAUUUAUAAAAUUAUCUAUUGAACAUUUUAUUCCGUUGUCAAUAAAUAUUGAGAACCGCACAACCAAAAAAUUGAUUAUAAUUAAUUAUCAAAAUUACUAAUUCUAUUUUCUAUUUAUUAUUAUUAUUGUCAUAUUCAUUUUAUUAUUAUUCAUUGAAUAAGUUGAAAAAAUAUCAAAAUUUCAAAGAAAAAAAAUAUCGCGGUCUGAGAAUGAAUACAAAUUUUACAAUAAUAACAGCAGGAGAUUUGGGGCGUCGAGUGAUGACGGGAUGAUCAUAAAGAAAGCUCUCAACAACGGUUUAAUAGAUUUCGAUACUGACACUUAUAUGUCGUUUAACAACUAUAAUAUUAAGAGAUGAUGCAAUAUUUGAGGUAUGACAGUAUUAUUAUUGCCAAUAUAUACGUAAAUCUUAUAUAUUUCAAGUUGCUAAAUAUUAUCGAAAAUGUAUAAUAUAAUAUCUUUAUUAUGUAUCAUAAAUAAUUUUGCCCACUAUUUCUAUUUUCUUUUUUUUACCUAAGUUUUUCUAUAUUAGUAAUACAUUAAGUAUUAUAUAGGUACUUACGAUAAGCACAGAACGAUCAGAAGUUCAUGUUAAAAUAAUAAUGAAAAUUAAAAAAAGAAACGUACGGUAAUAGAGCUAUUUUUGUAAUUUUUAAAAAUAUAUUUUUUUUCUAAAUUUGUUAACAUUCAUCUAUAGAACCAAACCAUUUUAAUUUAUAUCUAGAAUGUCCUACAAUGUUAUCCAUAUGCUAAUAACUCUGUCAAUAUUAAUUUUUUUUUAAUCUUGUUUUAUACAAGGGAAACACAUAUGUAGAAAAAAAUUUAAAUUUUAUUUUCAUUUCUAAUGACCCUAAAUCACUGAAAAAAAAACUAUUUUUCUACUCUUAAAAUUUUCAAAAUAGCCAUUUUGUAAAAUAUAUUAUUCUAAAAUUUGUAACUUAGUUACCACACAUUCAUAUACGAUCAAUAGUUUAUUAGAAAUAAUCGUUUUAAUCGCUAGGAAAUUAGCGUGAAAACAAUUAAUUUAUCCAAGUUAUAUUGUGGUAAAGUAAAUCGAAAAUCCAGUUAAUUUGGGUACCUAUAGAAUUCACAAUAGCAUCAUCGGCAAAAAAUAAUACUUUAACGUUAUUACUAAAGAUAAGUAGCAAAUCAUUUUUAAAUAGUAAAAAAAAGUAGAAAUCUCAGGUUGGACCCUAGAAGUACCCCAGAUAAAACUUGAAACUCAUCAGAUGUAUGAAAUUAUAUUUUUACAUUCAUUAUAUUUGUGAAAUAGUAUACCUUAAAAUUAAACAAUACUUAACUAAAUUAAGGUCCAUUUUUUCCGAAAUCCCAAUAUUUAUGAGAAAAAAUGUUAAAAAAUCUGGCAUACUUGGCACCAAGAGAGUGGCCACUAUUAUAGUGGGAAAGUGGGAAAGGUAGGAUAUAGGAUAUUAUGGGUAACAUUUAAUUUAUAUAAUAAUACAUACGCAGCGAUAUAAUGUGAUUAUUGCAAACGAAAAAGGAUUUAGGGCAAAGUUGAUUUAAAUUUUAAGUCAAAUUAUCUAUGAAACAAUUAUUUUUUCAAAAAAUGACUUAUGUAUAAAUUUGGAAUCAUAUAACUCAAAAUAUUUGUUUCUAAAUUAUCUUGGUUACAAGAGACAAAAAAUAAUCUUACCAGUUAACCGAUCUCUGCUCAAAAUCGUGUUUGGUUUGUAAUGAUUUUUCGUUGUUAUCAGUAUACAAACUAAAAACACUUUAUCCAAUACCUUUCAAACUUACCACUUAUAGUCUACCCAUAGAGCGAAGUAUAUCCAGCUUUUUAAAAAUGUAUAUUUUUACUGUUUAUUUUAGACAUUUAGUUACAUAAAAAAUACUUGUUAUAAAAUAUAAUAAAAUGACUAUUGUUUUAAUAAUUGUCAAAGAUACCUUGCGCAGAUUGCAAAUUAAUCAUAGAUUAAAUACCAAUAAUCCAAAGAGCAAUGAUUUAUUUAAUUUGAACGAAAACACUUUGAAAUUGUUUAAUAAUUUAUAAAAUCCCUGAAAACUCAAACGCUUUUAUGGCCUUUUUUACUCAUUAAAAAUAUUAGCCUCUCAAGAAUUCUAUUAGAUUUUAUCUAGAAAUGGAAUCUUGCCUGCAUGUAAAAAAUCACUAACGACACUAUACUUCUCUUUUGGAAUCAUUAUGUGUAUUGUACUAUACAUAGGUAUAUAGUACAAUACACAUAUAUUAUACAUAUUUAAUAUUUAUAAAUUUCAAAAAUAGAUCCAAUAGCCCGAAUAACCAUUCCAGGUGUGUACACCGUUAUCUUAUUAUGUAGGAACACAUAAUAUUAUGUUUUUAACUAUCAUGCAAUCUUACUUUUUGGUGUUCGUCGUGCGGUACAGAGAGUGUAAAAAUAUUAGUAUUCAAAUAAAUAUAAUUCUUAUUUUUACGGCUCAAAAUAAUUAGAACAGAUUAGGUAUGAUAUUAUGAACUGUGAGAUUGUUUUUGAGGAAAUCCAACUGUGUUUAUUCUAUUCGUGCAUCAAUUAUAUGCGCGUCACCUGCAAUUACGUCAUUGAACAAAACAGCUUUUUACGUAGGCGUGGCGUAGUGUAUUCCGCGAUCUUCCGUAAACAGAUUUCGAAAGCAGAUUCAUUUUAGAAACGGAAUAAAUUUUAUAGUAAACAAUAUAAAUAUUAUAUAUCAAAACGUUUAUAUUUAAAUAGUAUUAUAUAGGUAGUAGCUAUAUCUAUAGUAAAUGUGUAAGUAAUACAAUAUAUAGAUAGUGUACAAUAUUAAUAAACGCAUAAAGAGCAUUUGGCCACAACGAAUGGCGUUUCUGUCAUUCGGUUCGUCGCAUAACUAGUUUCAAUUCAUCAGCAAUAGUCGCUAUGGAUAUUAUUCUAAUACCAUAUUAUAUAGGUACCUAUAUAGGCCGUCGACCGAUGUUUUGUGUGAACAAAUCGUUGGCUAGUGCUAUACUACGCAUCACCGGCGAUCAGAGAAAAACCGCCAAGUAAUUGUAUAUUGUAAAACAAAAUCGGACGAAAAAAUAUUCCACUACAAAAUAUUACAAUACACGCCCAAUAUGAUUUGUGUGUACCUACUGCAUACACUGUAAACACCGAAAAAGAUUUUUCCAUUAUUACAGCCAUAGGCGUGCGCAGGGGAUAUGCAGAGUAUGCGGCUGCAUACCCUGAACACUAGGCCCGGAUUAAGGAGGGAGAAUAAGGGGCUACGUUCUCAAGGUCCUCAAAAAUCAUAUUAUGAGUUAAAUAAAAUAUUUAAAAAUUAUGUAAGUUUUAUGUUGUAAUUUAAUUUUAAUUUUAAGUAAAAAUUACAUUUUUAAUUAAACAGUUGGUAAAACACUUCGAUAUUUAUGUAUAUUUUUUUAUCGGAGUUUUACGAGCUUAAAAUAACAUUUAGAGGCACUAGCGGCAGCCUCUUGCAUACCCUGAAAAAGAGGCCUACGCACGCCUAUGAUUACAGCAAAUACACACCUCGACCUCAACCUUACCUAUGAUAUAUCUAUACAUAUAUUUUGUACGUUUACGUAGGUACCAUUACCUAUCGAUAAUAAUAUUGUAAAUUGAUGUUAUUAUAAUAUUAUGGAACCAUAAUAGCGUCAAAAAACGCGGACAUAAGCAUUAUUAAAAAGGUGCACGUGCAGACGAUCGCGCGAUGCUUAACUAAUCAAGGUAAUAAACCUGAUUUUCUCAGUAAAUUCAGCAAACUACAAAGUCACUCGAAGUUAGUCGAUUAUGUACGCCAUGGACAAGCCAUAUAGAAAAGGGACCUGAAACGGGCCCUCGGUAGAUGAGUCUGACCUAGGCUUAAGAAAGCACCUUCAAACUGGACAUAACGCCAAUCGUAUUAUUAUAGAACAUAGACAUGAUUUAUAAUUGUAUUGAAUUGGACUUAAAUAAUCUAUAACAAAACCAUCUGUUUUUGAACUAUAAACCAAGUUUCUAUUUCUUAAAUGAUAACUUAAUUGUUUUGUUGGCACUAAAAUCGGCACGUAACAAUAUAAUAAUUUAACUAUAUGAAUAUAAACACAUUAGCAUCGACAUCAUCAUCAUCAUCAUUUAAUUUUAUUAUUAUUAUUAUUAUUAUACUGUAUUAUAAUUACUGCAAAAAAUAUACUACCGUACCAAGGAUUGGGAAUUUGUUCAAAUAGUUGCGUCUUUAUUACAUAAUUGCCGUUUUACGGUGACAUUGAACAAUAAAUGGAGUAGGUGGAGAGAGACCUACCACAGACUAGUAUUCUAGCUCAAGUAUUAUUUAAUUUGUACAUCAACGGCCAACCAAUACCUGAAUAUACAAGACACUUCCCAUAUGUGGACAACCUGGCAAUCACAACAGCCGCAAGAUAUAUUUGUUUUAAUAUGCAUACCACCAAAUUGUAUAAUAUUUUAUUUUAUUUUUCAGUUGUCCGGUUUGGCACUGUUGGGUCUAGGUCUGGUGACUAGAUACUAUUCGACAAAAUCCGAAGAACUGGCCAAUAAAGCGUCCGGAGACGCAGUUGGAUUAGCUGCCUUGGCCUUUAUUAUCAUCGGUGGAGCAGUAUUCGUUGUGUCUUUCUUCGGAUGUUGCGGAGCUAUCCGAGAAAGUCAUUGUAUGAUCACGAUAGUAAGUUUUAAUAUUAUAAUCAUAUUAUAAUUACAAUAUACGUGUUUUGAUCGUUAACUAAUUUGGUUUUUUAAAAAAUAUUAAUUAUUGUUUAAAACGAUAGAUAGGUGGAUAGGCGGCGCGGUAGGCCACGACAUAGAGACAACUACAUGUUAACAUAAAAUCUACUAUGUUUACAAUUUUCAUCAAAAUUUGAUAUUAACACAAUUUUGAAAAAAAAAUACUGCAUUACACUCGAUUUUUUUUGUAACACUUAUAAUGAAUAUCAUUUAAAAUUUUUAAUUAUCUUGGUUAAGUAAAACAAUUUUAUUCACAUGUUACCUACCGGCAGCCAAAUAAAAACUAAAAUUUACGUUUUUUUAUCUGAUUUUACCCAAUUAUUAAGAAAACUAUAUGGAAAAUAAAAAAAAAAAAACGAUUGUCUUAUUCACCUAAUAAUAAUAUUUUAACAAAAAAAAGCUCGGUAUUUUUCGAUUGAAACAAUUUAUAAUUGUCAAUUUAAUAACGUAUCCACUGCAACAAACAAUUUCGAUUUUACAAAGACUUUAUUUAAAAUAUAUUAUUUAAGUAGCUAAUAAAUGUAAGUAUUACUAUUAAUUAUUAAGCAUUAAUUACAAUUCAAUUUAAACAAUUAACAAUUUACUAUUGAAACAUUAUUUCUGAUAGAAAAUAUAAAUCAUAAAAUUUAAAAUAAUGAAAACGAUGAUUUCACGGUGUGCCGUAAAUUUUCUUAUAAUUUUAUUCCCGGAUUUUUCUAAUUAUUAUGAAAAUCAAAAAAUAACUUAUCCAUAAUGCGAUGUGUAUCGAAAUAUUUUAAAUAACUCAAAAUAUGAUAAAUUAAUUUUCAUCGCCCAAAUUCAAUGGUUUUAGUUUGAAAAUGUUACAUUUUAUUUCAUACCAAUAUAAUAAAUGUGAAUAAAAGAUUGGAAAAUAAAUGAAUAGGUAUAUCUAACUAAUAAGCAUAGUUAUGAUAUAUAGCCAUUAUAACAUAUUCUAAUAAGCGAUAAACCAUAUUAAAACUUGUAAACAUAUACAUUAUCGUAUUUAUCAUUUAAAAAUAAAUUAAUAUACUCAUAGAUUUGGUUUUUUGAUUUAUAAAUAACGUUUUCGGAAAAAAUAGGUAUCAUAAGUAUUAAACAGGUUCAGUGUUUAUACCUAAUGCAUUAAAUAUUAUUAUACGAAUAUAAACGACUUUUUUCAAUAAGUUUCUACGUAAAUUUCAUAAAAAAAAAAAUAAAAAAAAUAUUUAUAAAUUAUACAAAUAUUAUUAAUUAUUAUUCACAAUUAGUAUAGUGUAAUCAUAUAUGAAAAUAUUGUAUUUAAAUUUAUACUUAAAAUUUGUACUUACAAUUUAUUGAUAUCAAGACUUAAAUAAAUGGAAAUAAAUGCCAUUAAAUUUAAUAAUCUCAUAUUUGGUUUACCAUUUCUCAACAUUGAUCGACCAAAUAAACUCAAUAUGUUCAACGGAGGAGAACAUGAACGCAAUCAUUAUUUUAGCGAAUGUUCCAUACACUACUUAUAAUACUAAUAUACUGUAAUAAUGAAAACGGAAAAGUCCACUCAAUAUAAUUCGCACGUAUUUAAAAUGAUUUAUAACAAAACAAAUAUUAUUUCAGUAUGCAAUGUUCUUGUUGGCACUUUUCCUGUUGGAGGCGGCCAUUGGAGUUUUCCUGUACGUGAACCGGGGACAAGUGGAACCGAUCACUGAGAAAUUGUUGACUACCGUAUUCAAAGAUUAUUCCAACGAUUCAGAUUCGCGUGCUUUUGUCGACAAAAUACAACACGAAGUAAGUCAGCAUAGAGAUUAAACAAAUACAAAUUUUGUUGCACUUACAGUCGUAUGUAACACCGAGUAUGAAUGGGUUUCUUCAUUUUAUCGGAUUUUUAUUAUUUCCCCCACUAUAUAAUCGUAUAUUUUCUACCCAAAAGCAAUCAUUCUGGACCAAAUCGACUCAAACACGAGAAUCACAUUUGUUUUAUAAAUGGAUUGAAGUGAUAAAAAUUGGAUUGAGUCUUAAUAUGAACUUCUCUAUGUUGUUACGGAGAUAGGUGAUUUUUUAGUUCUGGAAACCCAAAUAGACCGCCCAUAUAAAGCCAGGGGAGGAGAAGAAAUUUUGUAUAUGCAUGCUAUAUACGAAUUAUUAUAAUAUUAUAAUUAUCAUUUAUAAAUUUGGAAUUUUUAGUUCCACUGUUGCGGUAUUGACGGACCGAACUAUUGGACCGAUCAAACCGCGGCCGCUAUACCUCACUCUUGUUGUAAAGAAGACAAUGGCCAAGGAACGACGUGUCUCAAAACACAGGCUUGGCAAGACGGAUGUCCGAAAAAGUCAGUCGAAUUUGUCAAGAGCAAGUUGGGUAAACUGUUGAAUAUCAUCAUAGCCAUUGCUGGCGGUGAAGUAAGGAUAUCUGAUUUACCUAUAUAAAGUUUCAUUUAUCAAUGUGGGUUAAUAGGUUAUGUUUUUGUCGGUUAGGGUUUUAGUUUUCAAGUUCGUAAUAUUCAUUUAAUGUGGCCCCAUCAUAUUUGCGUUUCAAACAUAUAGGACAUGGGUACUAUUAUUAUGAAUUAUUAAUGCAUUGUCUGUUUAAAAGCGAUUAGAAAAAUAUUGCAAACACCAGUCAUACUGGUCUGAUAUAAUUUAAAAUCCACGAAACAGUGUUUACGUCGGUUUUAUUUUUAUCGAAAAAGUAUAUCUACCGAAUAAUAAUUGUCAAUUGUGUACAGUUUGGGGAGUUUAAAAUGAUUACACUUUGUGACGCUCAACAGAUAAUUACGAUUUUCGACAUUAUGACAUGUUUCCGUUGGGAAUACACGUAUAUCGUAUUGAUUGUAUACCUAAUGCCCAUUUUAUGUUUACACGAACGUUAACCCCCCGUUGUACAUUUGUUGAGAGCUCAGACUCUUCCGACUGCUACUGCAUAUUAUUGUCAAACAAUAUAAAUUAUGAUGAGUAACGCGUCACACUGUAUGUAGGUAGGUAAGGCAUUUUGUACGAUUUUACCGUGUGUGAGUUUUUAAAUAUAUAUUACACAUAUUUUAUUUUUUCUCUAUAUUUUGAACUAAAAAUCUUUUCCUUUUUUUUUAAAAAAAAAAAAAAUCGAACAAUGGAAUAGCUAUGUGUUGAGCGUUUAUGGUAGAAUAUUACACGCAAUUACUAUUUUUUCGGCCGUGUCGAACGUUCAAAAGUUUUACAGCGUUAAACAAUGACGUACACCAAGACAACAAACCGCUAUAAUAUUAUGCAUUUCAGGCGUGCCUUCAAAACCGACGUGUUAUAACCGCUGGAUGUGUGACAGGUUUUACUUGAGUUGAUGGCAUAGAUAUAAAUUCGAUGAUGUCUAAAAAUAUCAGUAAAUACUCAAUGUAAUAUUCAUAAUUCAUUAUUAUAUAACUUGAGUGCAAUAGUAAGCACGCACUUACUAACAUUUUUAAAGUGCUGCAUCACAACAGUAAAUAAUAUUUUUAAUAAGUCGUGAUGCAAUAGUAGGUACGUACCAUCCUAACAAUUUAUGAUAUUCCUGAUCAGCAUUUUUUAUAUCUACUAUAGUUAAAACGAAAAUAGUAUAUCAUAAUAAUAUAUUACAUACUAGUGCCUUUUUUUUUUUUUUUUUAUGUGACUGUUUGUUUUGAACUUAACACACUUUAACUAAUAUACUGCUUUAGGUAUCUUAGAUUAAAGUUGAAUUGUUUUUUUUUCCUGUAAUAGCCAUUUUUAUUCGGUCGUCGAAUUUUUGUCUGCUAUUCGGAGAUGUCCGUUAUUCAAAGGUGUACAUUUUUUAAAUCCAUAAAAGAUAAUGUGUAAAAUGAAAACAUUUGCGCUAUGUUAAAUUAAAUUAUAAUGUUGUUACCGUUCGAUAACGAGUUUAUUAUCGUUAAACCUAUAGGUAUGGUUUGCUAGACGCGUCAUUGUCGCGACGACAGGUCACUGCGACAAGUCGUCAAUAUCUAUUUUUUACGAAAAUGGUAUACACUGGUUUGCUAGAUGCGACUGGUAGCAAUGACCAAACUUUGGGUCGUCGUAGCUGACGACACUACUGCUCCGAGAGCAGUAGCUCGCGACACGUAGUGACGACCGUAUAACGACAUGGUUGCAAAGUUAAUAUUUUCUCCAUCAUUCUUAUUCUUUUUAAUGGUCUAUUUAUCAAUAUAUUUUAUUAUAUUUUAUUUUAUUUCAUAAGACACUUCACUGGCCCGAUGUUUAAAAAUGCAAUUUGUCGAAUUUCUAUUUUUUGUCAUUAAAUUAGCCAAAUAUAAAACAUCAUCUUCUUCUUCUAAUAAAUGUGUGAGAAGAAUGUUAUUAUUAUUAACAAUAUUUCUGUUCAUGGUAUAAAAUAAAAUUGUAUUCAAUACGAUUAAAAAUAAAAAUAUAAAAAUAUGUCCGUACAUGUACUGGUUUGAAACCGAACUGAUCAAAAAACACUCGUGCUACAACUGCCACCACGACCGCGACAUAUCGUGUCUAGGGAAUUUUUGAUAAUAAUCCACUGUAAUAGAUAUCCGCUAUUCGUAAUCUUAUCGAGUUCGCUAUCGUUAUUACAUUAUUACGAGAAUACAUACUAAUGCAAAUGCGUUUUAGCACUGUCAAUUUGUCACUAUUUUUAAAUUAAGAAUAAAAUAGUGUCUGUUCGCUUUCCGUUAUAGAUCACUUUUCAGUUUUUAUAAUACGUUGGGCCGCAAAAUCCACCGAACGGUUUAUUAUCUAAAGUGCCUACUUAUAUAUAGCAGGGAUGGGCAACUGGCAGCUCGCAUACCAUUUUCUACUAGCCCGUGCUACAUUUUCAAAUUAAUUAAUAAAUACCACACGAAUAAAUAAUUAAACAUAAAAAAUAAAUGUCUUUUUUAAAUUGACCUUUUUUUUCCUUUCUAUGUUCUCUGGCCCGCUAGAUUUUAAAGUUCUAAAAGUUGGUCCUCUUGUAACAUUUAAUUACCCAUCUCUGCUAUAUAGAAUGCAUAACAUUGAAAUAGUAUGUUUUAACAAAACACGUUUAUGUUUCAGUUGAUCGGUAUCAUUUUUGCGCUGUGCUUAGCGAGCAGUAUAAAAAACGAAGAACGCCGACAAGGAUACGCUUAA